CUGGCGGCUCCUUUGCAUCUUCUGUCUCAGUCUCACACUACUGAUUGAAGUUGGAACUAUGGGCAAGGGAAGCAACUCUUCUUCUUCCAUUAACAGUAGCAACCGCAUGUCCCGUUCCAGCAGUGGCUCCUCCUUCUCGAGGUCGAAGAGAGACCUCGGCACCGAUCUGAGGCUCGCUCUCGGGUUUUCCACCUCUCAUCAACCUAACUUCUCAGGGGACCAGUGGCAGCAGUCGGAAUGGGCGCAGGACAGCUCAUCAGAGCCUUUGAGCAACUGCGAUUCGUCGAUGAUGGAAGUGGACGAGUCCGACAAUGCCACCUUCUAUGUGAAGGUUUACAUGGAAGGCAUCCCCAUCGGGAGGAAGCUGGACUUGUUGGCCCACGAUGGCUACUAUGCCCUCAUAACCACCCUCAAUUACAUGUUCAAUACCGCCAUCCUCUGGUCGGAGGAAGAUGGAGCACAAGCAGAAGGGUGUCAUGUGCUGACAUAUGAAGAUAAGGAAGGUGACUGGUUGAUGGUCGGAGAUGUCCCCUGGGAGAUGUUCCUGUCGAGUGUGAAGAGAUUGAAGGUUACGAGGAUAGGGUAGCAAGUGACAGUCGUGACAUUAUUCAGAAGGUUACUUACUGAUCAGAAAAUCGGCACGUGCGGCUGUCUUGAGGAGACAUUUGACGAGGUCCAGCAGCUUCACGUUGAUCGGAUCGAUGGAACGAGCAGGUCUAUCAAAGACGGGAGGACUCGUGAUUAAAGUGGAACCAGUGCAUCUUGUAAUAAUCGGUAUCAUGACAAGGAAUAGCUAGGUUACUUCAGAUAUCGGGACUGUAUGGUUGACAAGACUGAAAUAUAUAUAUGUGUGUGUGCGCGCGCGCGCGCUCUCGUUCCUCUCCGUAAUUUAAUUACCACCAUAUGUAAUCAAAUGACACAACCAUAAUGUAGUACGUAUUCUGAGAUAUAUGUUCAGGUAAAGCUUCGUGUUGAGCCU